UGUGGGAGCACUAUGCCAGAUAUACUCACAUACCGCUACCCACCACAGAAGUUUUUUUGAGCUCCUGAGUUUUUUCCUACACCGCACACACAGUAGACACGUGGGCUUCCUUAUUCCUUGUCUGAUCCUAAGGUCCACCUGGACAGAAAGGAAUAACACGAAGCAUAGGGAUAUUAUAUUUUCUUGUGCUCACAUGAUUUUUCAGGUUGACAGACACCUCUCUCUCUCUCUUCACCGUCCUGGGCAGACUCACGAUGAGAGACUUGACAGGUUGUACACCGCCUCAUUGCUUGAGGCCAUCACCUCCUUUACUU